CAUUCAUGGCAUGUGGUCUCUAACUGCCUUGGAUGUUUAUAAACGUCAUCUUGGACGAUUAUAUAGUGUGGCCUCAGUCUCCAGGACUUGGCAUUAUCACUCACGAGAGGUGCGUGAAUGGUGUCAAUCGAACUCGUACAGAAGAUUGCUGAACAUCUGUACGAUUGCAGACAACUACUAGAACUAGCUAGCUCUGCUCAUAACACGCAAUUUUACAGUUCAUCUCGGUGUCUGCUACUUGCUAGGGUUCUCGGGUUAAUCUAGCUGUGAGAUUUCAACUCUCCGUGCACUAGUUACGCGACCCCUACUUGGCACUGAGACGUGCACCAGAUGCUACACAGUACACACGUACACCGCACUCUCAUACCACCAUCAUUCCACCACUAGCACUAGACGAAGUGCAAGCAGGUGUUUCACCAUAAAGCUUGUCCUCCAUGGUUGGACAAGUGAAGAAACUCCAUUCCGGCGGCCUUAUUUCUCUCUGCUUCAACGCAGCCAAGUGAAUGUUUAUCUACACUAGUGUAGAUCCAGUUUGGAGUUCAGUUUGCGGCUCAUUCUUGCCCUAGUCUAACUUCACGAGCACGACGAGCUAAUCUGGGCUGAGUGACUUGUGUCGUACUCUAGUAUUAGUGAAGUAUAUUCCAAGACACCGGAAGUAUUCUCUUGUAAAGCCAAGGCUGUACACGUGGACAUUUUGAUAUACUCAGCUCUUCAUUCUGUACUUUGCUUCGUGACUGGCCCACUUCGAGUACCCCCACCUCUGCUCCUGCAAUGGCUGCACGUCUUCUCAAUUCCCACGCGGGACUAGUCUUAGGCCAGAGAUCCCCGCAGUUCAUCCACCUCACGCUUGUGAUAUUCUGCCUGUGUUUCACGAUAUCGACAAAACUUGCAGCCGCACAGACAAACAUGACAAACAUGACAACCGAAGCUUCCUCGGAUCUUGCGACUGAGAUAGUGACUGAGAUUGUCACUGAGUUGGAGGAAGAAGAGACGACGACCGUGCCGAGUACAACUGCCGAUGACACUGAGGAAUUCACUGAUGGAGAAACCACGCCAGAACUCCUAACCGAUCCUCCUGGGCAGAAGUUGGUUAUGCGCUUCACUAUCAGUAACAGAAACUACAGUGAUAUCGAGAACCCGGACGAAAGAGAGGAACUAGAGAGUUUGCUGGUUGAAGAGCUUGAAGAGUUAUACUCCAACAACAAAAAGUUCAGAUCUGUUACCGUGUUGGAAUUCCGAAACGGAAGCAUCAUUGUGGACGUUGAACUUGAAUUUACAGACGCCCUCAACGUCCAAGAGCGCGCACAAGUGUUCACAGCGCUCUACGAGAAAGUUGUCCUUAAUGGAACGUUGGGGGCGCUUGAGGUGCAGGACUUGAAACACGUGAAGGACGAUGGCAAGAUUGAGGAGCUGAACGAUGCGUGCGACAUCCGCCCUUGUCUUCAGACUGAGAUGAAAUGCGUUGCCAAUGGAACCAAGUGCACAGCAAGUUGUAGCGACAACAAAGGCUAUUGUUUGAAUAAUUCCACCUGUCGGCCUAACAACGAUUACAUUGUCUGCAAAUGCAAGAAGGAUUUUUUUGGCUAUCGAUGUGACAAGAAACCCUUGCCACCAAGUGGGGGGAGAGAUGAUAACGCAUACAUAGGUAUCAUCGCAGCCGCCGGCAUCGCUGUCCUCUUGCUGCUUGUAAUGAUCGUUGGGUGUGGCUACAGCAGAUUAGUCAACAGGGGCAAGGAAUCGGAUACGUCGAAGCUCUUCCAGGCCGAUAAUAUGGUGGCUCUGGAGAUGCUCGAUGAACCCCCUCCCGUCGUGGGGGGCGUGGCUUGCCAGACCAUCGAAUCCUUCUUACUCACCAAGUACAUGAAGCACGGUAUCCCGCCCAAACCAGGUUUUCAGCACGAAAUCAUUCAGACAAACGAAUCGUUCUUGCUGGACAAGGCGCAGCGAGAACGCGAGUCCAACAACGUUCCAACAAUCAUCACACCGAACGGUACCGGGGCCUCACCGCCUCCUGCCCCGGCACCCACCCCGGUGAGCUCCCCGGUACCUGAAGACCAGCCGAGCACGGAGCCAGAGCAGGGAUUGAGCAACGAGGCUUUCGUAGAGGACGAAGGGGACAUUGUGCCGACUGCGGAGGUAGUUGGGGAUGAAGCCAAAACAGACAUCGGAAAAAAGAUCAUAAAAGUCUGAAAACUGAGCUAUGAAAACGACGCCGUGUAAACUCCGAAUCCUGCAGAACAAAAUGAGAUUUGAUAUAUUCGUUAUCUUAAAGCAGCAAAAGCUUAGAGCCUACAUUUUUAUUUUGCGGUUUUGUAUUAUAUGGGCCGACAUUUUCGCCUGUGAUAGGACAAAUCAAUUUCAAUUGGUGAAUUGAUUAAUUUGAACGAAUUUAAUUUGAGAAAGCAGAAUGAAUUGAAUUUGAGAAAGUUGCACAUGGCAGGCAUGCAACCUUUCCUGGGAUCAGCUGAUUUCCUCUUUCUUUCUUUUUUUGCUUCCCAUGUGUGCCAUUAAAAAUUGAAAAACACUGUAAAAAGUCUUUGAAAGAUUUGAAUUUCCUCUGUUUUUGGUGACUUCUCAUGCAGUGGCAUGCCUGAGACAUGGACAACGAAUCGUAGCGAAGUUGUAUGUCUAUUGAAAAAAAAAAGAAUAAUGCACUAUGUUUCUAAAUAUUCAACUAAGUUGUAAAUAGUUAAUCACUGUUUUAACCCUUGUUCAAUAUACAAUAAGCAUCAAAUGGGAUUUUGGAAUGUUUGCUUAUAUGGGAAGAUGACAGUAGUACUCAAUUGUACUGGCAGUGUUGUAGUACUCUUACUCGGUACUCGUACUCGACUCAUUUUUUUUUGGAGUACCGGUACUCGCACUCGAAGUGACGGUGUUCGUACAUGGUUAGCAAAGUACUCGUACUCGACAUGUUGAAAUUGUACUGAUCAUCAAAGUACUCGUACUCGAAUAGCAGUACUGGGGGAAUGGUAUAGCUUGACUUACCACGGCUAUAUUUCAUCGAUACUUUCAGUUUGAAAUGGUUGAUUGACUUUAUACGGAGAAAUCGAAGUUUCCUGAUUUUCCUCUGUGCACAUCUGGACUACCACAUUUAACAGCUAUACCUGUGAGUGUAUCUGUAUAUCGGUCUGACUGGCCUGGGCCAAUUACGCACAAUGAACCAUUUGCCGGCCGUAUGGCCGUAUUCGGAAAUGAAAGUACAUUAUGCUCAUAUAACUCGUACUCGGAAUACAAGUACUCGUAGUCGAAAGUAUACUCGUACUCAGAGACAUGCCCUUAUACUCGGUAACCUCAGUACUCGGCAUUUCUCGGUACUCGGAAAAAGUAGUCGACUACAACACUGUGUACUGGUCGUCUCGUAUUUAGCAGACAUUGAAAGAACAUCGUUAAAAAAAGAUAUUGCCUGCCGCGUUUAUUAUCAGAGCGCAGUACUUGGAUUUAUUGCUGCAGUAACUGGCUAUAAAUUGUUCAGAUCAAAUAUCGAGGAUAAUAAACAUCAUGCCUGUUAGAACGAAUCUCGAUACGAUCGAAGGUUUGCCUGAUGUGAACAACCUUAUCAAUAUUUGACAUAAGACACACACAAAACAAUCAGCUUGUCCAAAUUGUAAUGUGUUUUUCAAUGUUUGUUUAGGAGAGAAAAGUAUUUUUUUUUUAGACCAAAUGGAUUUUGUCUCAUCAACAAAAUGGAUGGUUAUUUCAGAUAUUGGCUGACGUGGAAACGAGGUUGAAUUAUCCCUCUGAUGCUGAGGUAUGAAAACCUCUUUAGAACAACUCUGAGUCUACACGUUUUAACCAACAUCGUAUUGCAUUUACAGAGAUUUUUAAUUUUUGAAUAUUUUAGAAUCAGAAGGCAUAAUAUUGCUUUAAAGGAUCGAAUAUUUAACCUUAAAUGUAUCAAAGCAUUUCGUUCUGUUUUGUCAUAGUGACAUGUUACAUUCAUUCGCGCGAAUUUCUUCGUGAAAUGUUGUAAUUUUCACAUUUUGUUAAAUUUUUUGUAAGCUUAUCGGGUUUUUUUUUAAUUCAUAUAUAAUUCAUGGAGACUUUGUGAAUUCCUUUUUUUUUUAUCUAUUCCAAUUUCACUUUCGUCCAACGUAUUUACUAUUUCAGUGCAGAUGUAUUAUUGCUUAGGCCUACACUCAUAACAUCAGCUGUAAAUUGCACUUUUUGUACAUGCAUGUAAAAAAAAUAUCUACCGCAUUGUACAUAGUAAAGUUGUAGAACCGUAUGCUCGUGUUUUCCUUUAAAUAUCCGCUUGAUCUUAGAUUAAAAAAACAACUCCUAAAAUCAUGAUUUUCAAUGAUAUUUAAAUAUUGUAGUGAACAAUUUUCUAUAAAAAAGGCUCACGAAUUCGGACCACUAUUACAUUUCAAAAUACUAGAAAGCACUCAGAGAGCGCAAACCUCCGCCCAAGGCUGAACAAUUCCCCGCCAUUAUUGUCGGUACACCCAAAAGAAAUACUCGCAUAAAUGGUGAAGAAUCCUUAAACAAUAAAUCCUAGAUCUUGACCAAGAUCCGGAUCCCUUCCAAAAUCUAAUCGAUUUGUACUUGUACCAAGGACCACCCCUAACAAUGUUUUCGUGCAAAUCCGUCCAUAACUUUUUGAGUUAUCUUGUUAGCAGACAAACAAACCAUCCAACCAACUAACCAACCAAUAAAAUCCGAUGAAAACAUAACCUCCUUGGCGGAGGUAAUAUACCUUAUCAUGCUGCCACCAUUUCAGUCAUGCUCCCUGUAUCCAAUUACAGUACUGAAUGAUAAUGUUUUUUGUGCAAAAAAAAGGAACCAGACUAUUUUCCUUCCAGCCUCGCUUUGGUUACGCUGAUUUGAAUGGGAAAAAUCCCAAUGGCUGCAACAUGAUAAUGGUCUAUGAAGAUGUUUUGGGCCACCUAGAAGCAUGUAGGCAUCUAUAAAUUACUGUAUAGUGUAAGCCUUGUAUACGUCAAUACAAGUAUUAAGUCUAAUUUGCUAAGAUCUUUAUGCACAUUUGAAUCAUAAAUAUUAUCACUUUAUUACAAAGUUUUAUGUUAUAAUACUGUAUACGUAUUUGUAGUUGUAAUAUGUCUGAGUUUUAAAAACAAAUGUAGAAAAUCUGCGACAGCUGGGUCAGAAAGGCCAACCUUCUCCCGAUCCGAUCAUUAUGUUAUUGUUUUUUCUCACAGACUCUUUGGAGGAAUUAUUUGUUUAUGAAAAUCAUAAAUUGAACAUUGUCACCAAUUGAGGGCUCACUCCAUACCUUCCUUUCGUCAUAAACGUUUUAAAAGGUUAUAAAAAGAAACCAGUGCCUGCAGAGAUUUGAUAUCAAAUCACUUUUGAUGUAAAUAAGGUUUCAAUUGAUAUGCUUUCCAUAUAAUGUCUUUGAAAAAAAAAGAAAAAAAAAGUGAGACAGCGAUUUUUUACCCAUAUCAUUUUUCAGAAUUUUUGUAAUUAUAAAUUUCUAAUAGGCCGUAUUCCAGCUGCUUUUUUUAAUUGAGAAACAACUGAUUUUGUCAAUUGUACGUCAUUUUUUAUUUUUGUUGUUAUGGUUUUCCUAGAAUUCCAGCACAUUUUUCUUUCUAAUUUACCGUUUGAUUAGUAUGAUUGUUUGUAUGUAGACUUGUUUAUAAAUAGACGAUUUUCACUCUGAAUGUAACCUUAUUUUGCUUAAUUAAUGUGUACAGCUCGUAAUUUAUUCACCAAAGAAUCAAAUCUAGUUCGAGUCUUACAUUGCUUCAGUUGGAACAGAUGCGUUCAGACCGUACCGGUUUAUCCGCACAAUAUGUUUUCUUAAUGUUCAAAAGUGCCUUAUGGUUUGAAGCCGUUUGUAUUCCGUCCAUUUUUCUUAGAUAGCGAGGAAUGUGUUUAAUAAAGAAAUACUGUAUACAAAUUA